UCAUUAAUCGUUCUAUAAUUUCAUUCUCCGUCAACACAGUCACUUCGGAAUCCUGAUUGAUAUGACCUAACACAGCUUGACGUCUUGUAUUGAAUGAUAUCCUCUCGAAAUUCCUCCUUAUCAUAUUCUCAUAAGGAAACUUACUUCGAUACGAGCCUUCAUCGAUUACAUUCCUCAAUCGAUAUAAUUGUUUAUAACAUGCUAAUAAUUUAGUUCUGAAAUUGGGCAAUUGUUGGAUAUUUGAAGAGAAAUUAGGAUUUAGUAUCGCCUUGUGUAGUAUUAAUUUAUUAUUAUUCAAAGUGAAUUUGGUAAGAGGCAGUCGUAUCAUCAUAUCAUGAUAUUGGUAUAUCCAAAUCUAUAUACAAAAUUUAUUCAGUAAUUAUUUUUUCUUAACCAAAUCUCAUUUAGUGGCCCUCAUAAAAUUUUUGAUUUUUUUACAGCCAAAAUUUUGGUUUAACAAAGGCAACAACCAUCAAAAUGCUGGCCAAUACAUUAAACUUAAGAAGAGAUGACAAUAAUAUGAGUAUAUCUUAUCAUUAUCAGACUCAAAUGAAGACCUAUGGGCAUGAAAAGUGUUUGAUUAUUCCAAGUCCAAGGUUACUGUUGAAGUUUAAUUUGUAUUUAAAUGGGAAUCAAUUGUUGGAUUCAAGCUACAAUUAUCUAAUCGAUAGAUUAGGUUCUAAUAUUUGUCGUUCAAGUUAUUGGAAUGCAUUGGAAGUGAAACCAAGUUUGAGGAUUGAUAAUUCUUCUAGUUUCCAAUUAGAUCUACAAUGCCUUAUAUUUGAUGGUAUUAUCAACGAGUUUAUAGAGUUCGAUUCAAACGGAAAUACCGUUCAAGUGUUUGACAAAGAGGUUAAUAUCUUAAAAGAAAUGACGAUUGAUAUCAGAUACCAAACUUGGGAAACUGAACUUCUCAUGGAUGAUUUCCUCCAUGAUUUGAAUUACAUGAUCUCAUCUUGGUUAGUCAAUAUCGAAUACAUCUUUCCGUUAGUAUUUUCAGUAUAUGGAAGACAAGUAUUUAAAUUAAAUUACACAUCACUUAAAAGGUGUAUCCUGGAAAUGAAUGAUCAUCAACUAGAUAAACUCAUUAGUAAUGCAAGUUCCUCCAACAACCAUCAAAGUCUAAUUCUUAAUUUAGACAAAUUACAAGUUCGAAUCAUGAAUGAAUACAACAUACUUAACAUAUUAAAGGAAAUCGAUCAUUCUAAUUAUAGAUAUAAAGUCUUCAUUAAUAAUAAAGGAAAAACUUCGAAACAAACAAUGGGUGUAAAAAAUUUUCCGUAUUCCUUGGCACUUAUAGCAGUUACACAUAUGCAUAACGAUGAUUAGAUGCCCAAUAUUGAUUUUGCAUCAUACCCUUAUUCUUAAGGCUUUCUAAAUUAUAAACUUAAAAUUUGAAAAAGCUAAAUCAUUUUUGAGCCCCCCAAUCUUACCCGUGGGGGAUUCCUCAAUAAUAGAGGCUUGAUAUUGAAUUAAGUAACGUUUCCUUCUCCCCCCACUUUUUAGUGUGGCCACUUGGGAAGGUGAUUCCAUUUUUCUAGUUACAGUAACUUAACCAUGAAUUAUAAUAUCGUUCCAGUUUGAUGUUAAUU